AUGGCGAGGACAAGGAGCAACAAGAAGCAGAAGAAGAAGGACCGGUCUUCCAGCUGUCCUGUAGCCCACAAAUUCCUCCCUUUCCUCGUUUUGGUGGCACUGUUGUUUGGAUCAAUUGGUGGCAAUUCCCACACAGUCCAACAGUUCCUUGACGUUGCCUCGGGCUAUUAUCGGAAUGUCACUAUUGCUGUCGAUUAUGACGACUCCAUAGUAUUACAUGACAAAAACACUUCUGUACAAGGGACCGGGACCAUGAAGGAUACAACGAAGAAGUUGCUUGAAGUGGAGCCUGGAGCAGCCCAUACCUCACCAACACUCAAGCCGAAUAUGCAAGAAGCUACACAGCAGCAAGACAUGCAUCGACCUGGCACACCACUUCAAACAGCAGAAUUAUCCUCCUCAUUCAACACGACAAUUGCCUUUGCUGUCACCGUCACAUCUUGUCCGAAUAUGGAAACGGAUAACGAUCCCAUUCCCCUUUGGGAUGCCGCAGCCGUCUUGCAACAAUCCAUUCGCCAGACGCAAGGACGACCCUUUGAUUUGCAUGUCUUUGUGCAUUCUUCGGCCCGCAAAUGUGGGCGCAAAAUUUUGGCCAAGUUGGGAUAUCAGGUGCAUAUUCUACCCACGCCUGUGGCGUUGGAGGAGAUUCAAAAUGCAGUCGCCUUUUCCGGUCUCGUUGCGGACAAGAAGUUAGACAAUCCCUGCAGCAGUUGGCCCAUCCAGGCAUUCUUUACCCGUGACUACAAUUUGGCCCGUAGUUCCAAAACCAAUCUACCGGAUAUCAAACGCGUCGGUGUGCAGGGAGGUUUCUGGAUGGUGAAACCCAAUCAAACGGUCUACCAUCAACUGGUGGACAUUAUUCGGCACGGCGCCAAUUUUACCAAAGGCUACGGAUGGGGAGGUCCGACCCUGGGCGAUCCUUCGUGGUACUAUGGAAUUGCCCAGAUGCAAGGACUGUUGAGUUAUUACUAUGGAUACGUGGCACCCGGGACCGCCGUCGAACUCGAUCGCUGUGUCGUUAAUGCCAUGGCCGAUGCCCCCAAUCCGCUCUUUUGUGGCAACAACGAAGCGCAUUACUGUCACGAUUGCCGUCGGACCUUGUUGGAACACAUCUAUUCCGUCCACUUUACCAUUUGUCAAAAGCCGUGGUGGUGCUACACCAACGAAGACGAUAAUCCACUGUGCCUUCAGUUGCAUCACGAAUGGCAUCGUUUGCGUCAUGAUUGGGAGCAAAACAUCACCGCUGCUCGUGCCGGUUUCACCACCAACAACGUGCAAACCUACCGGCAACUCAUCCUCAAGUUUCCAACCCACUGCCACGGGCGAGAGUCGUACAUUCCCUUGAAGCAGCAGCAGCAGCAGAUAUGA